CAACAACUACUAUACAAAUUUUCUUCAGCUCUUUGUGGCAUUAUUGUGUGUUGUUUAGUGUGCCAUUGACGCUGAAUGCUGACGGUUCGCGCUGCCGCCCAUUCGCUGCCGAAUAAAAUAUAAUAAUAAUAAUACUUACUAACAAAAGCAGAGCAUAACUAAUUGGGCUAAGAGCAAAGUGCCCGGCCCGGCCCGGCUAUGUCGUUUCUGUCGCCAACGCUGCGCAUGGAGAACCUGUCAACAGUGCCCAUCAUGAGUCUGGACCACGUGCCCGAGGCACAGCGCUACAACAAAGAGAACAUCGUUGCCCAAUGGUGUGCGCCCAUCAAUGGCAAGAUGUACCGCAUCGAACUGGAGCACGGCACCACAAGUGGACGCCGCAUGAUCUGGGUCAAUGGUCGGGAGGUGUUGCGUCGAGACUGGAUGUUUAAGUUGGUUGGCGAGGAUACGUUUGAAAUCGAUCAGGCGCGGUGCAUUAUUCGCGUGGAUCCCGCGCCAGGUUUCAAAUAUGAAUACUCGCUGUACAUAGAUGGCAAGCCGCACGCUCAGUACGCCGAGGAGCUGACACGCCUAUAUCGCCUCUGGCUCUGCACAUGCGGCACGGAGCAAGCUGGGGCCACGGAUGCGUCCCAGGAGUACCGCAUUAUGCUCAAGCUGGACACGCUCAGUUUGUAUGUGAACGAUGAGCUACGCGAGGAGAUGGCCGUUUUUGUGCACGGCGGCACGGAUACGAGUUUUGUGCUGCAGGACACACAAUUUGUAUUACAGGCACGCUCAAGCGGCAACAAACACGAUGGCAUCGUGCACACCCUGCUCGUUAACGGCGUGCCUGUGCCGGAAGCAAAGAUACAGCAAAUCAUGCAGGAACCCGUCUCCAUACUACAAACUAACUGAAUCCAGCUAAGACAAAGGGCAUCACAUUUGCAUCUGUUCAGUAAUUCCUUGUGUUUUUGACAACUUAGAUCCCUACUAAAUCGGUUUCAGUAAUAAAUAAUGGGAUUACUGAUGCCGUUGUCUAUAGAAAUCUAUCCAAUGUAUACCCAUGUAGAGAUAUGUUAAUUAUAUGCAACCAGGUCGCUCAGUUUUAAAGCUAUCGUCUUGAAACUUUAUUGGAAGACUAUACAUAUGUUGGAAUCGAUUGGAUUGGACCAAUAUAUCAUAUAGCUGUCUUGGGAGCGAUCGAUCAAAAAUUAACUUCAGCAGCUUUUAUAAUAUUCACUAUGUUCCUUAUAUCUGAGCAAAGUUCUAACAAAAUUGGACUGCUAUAUCAUAUAUAAUAGCUCUAAUGCCAGAAUUUGUUAAUAAAUAAAUUUGUAUAAGACAGAAUUUUCUGAUUUUUUUAUAUAUUCUAUUCUCUUACGAUAUCUGCAAAACUGUAUCGAAUCAAACUACGAUAUCUACAAGGAUAUUUUAUCUUGAGCGUUCCUUUCUUUACUUUUUUUGCUGACAUUGAGAAUUUGCCAGGGCCACGUCCAUAAUAAACUAGAAAUUGUUUAAAGUUUUACUUACACAAUAGUUUAUUCGUUUGUUUAUAUGCAUAAUUGUAACGCAAAUUGUUUACGUUCUCAAUUUCAUUUGACAUUUUGCUAGCAUUCAAAGUACUCGAAGUGCAUUUUGUAUAAAAAAGAAAAA